AUGGAUCAGAAUUUUGAUUCAGUGAAAGACCUUUCUCUCAAUUCAGAGAAGAACUGGUGCAUUAAAGUGAGAAUUUUGCGGAUGUGGAAGGUUCCGGCAUAUGAAAAGAGUUAUUCGCAACCUUCAAUUGAAUUGGUUGUAAUUGACAAAGACGGAACUCGGAUCCAUUGUUUCAUCCGGGCUGUCCAUUACCGGCUUUUUGAACCUAUCCUUGAGGAGGGAAAGGUGUUUGUUGUGGGCAACUUUGCAAUGGACUCAAACACACAGAAAUACAGACCCACCAAGCAUAGCAUGCGGAUCAUAUUUAAGAGGGACACAUUGGUCUCUGGUGUUGAUGACAUGGACAUUCCAAUUGAAUCAUUUGAUUUCGUGGCAACCAAGGAAAUCUUAUCAUCCGUUAGGGAUGACUUACAUCUUAUAAGUAUGCACUCUCAUGUUGUCAUUAUUGUUGGUUUGCUGUCCGCAAAGAGUGAGUUGAUUCCUUUUCAAAAUAGAAAUCGGAAGUCACAUUAUAUGAAAAUCGAGCUUGAUGAUCUGAGUGGCAGCGAGCGGCUUUCAUGCACCUUGUGGGAAAAUUAUGCGUCUGAUUUGGUUAAUUUUCUUGAUGCCAACGAGGCCACCAAAUUUAUAAUUGUGCUCCAAUUUGCCAAGAUGAAGUUCUACAAUGGUGUUAUGACUAUAACCAACACAAACUACACCACAAGACUCAUGGUUAAUGCUGACCUUGAAGUGGUUAAGAAAUUCCGCAAAAGGCUGAUUCGACUUGGUAGCAAGCACAGCACCAGCGUUGAGGUUAUUGGCCAGGUAGUGAGGCAUUCUCCAUCUGAAGAUUUUCUCAGCCUUACCCCAUAUGCCACCAUACAUCAAAUAAAGGAAACUCUUGAGAAAUCAACCUUUGUGACAUGUGGAACCAUCACUGACAUUGACAGAGAUCAUGCAUGGUGGUACAAGGCUUGCAGGCAUUGCACACAAGGACUGGAGGCACUUACUGACCAAUUUUAUUGUCCAAAAUGCGAUGUUUACUCCUCAGUUUUUGCCCCCAGGUUAGUAGUCCCUCAUGCGGUGUUGGUUCGUGUUGGUGACGACUCAGAUACCGCAACUUUUGUGCUAUUUGAGAAUUGUGCGGUAAAGUUCUUAGGACUAUCUGCCGCUGAGAUCCGCACUAGGCUUCUUGCUAGGGUAAUUUGUCCUUACUUUGUUUACUGGAAAUUUGUGAUAUAUUUUGCUGCCAACUUAAUGGCUUCUUCUCUUCAACAACCAGGGAUAUGGAAGAGACCAUUCCCCAGAUAA